AUGUCGAAAGGACAUCUGAGCCAGGAUAAUUUCUUCCAACGGCUCGCGGAGCUCUUCGAAACCUCCAAACAUGGUUCAAUAUACCUAACACAAAAGCGCAUGGCAUAUGGCUCCGAACCCUCCUCAGACCCCUCAGACCCCUCAGAACAGUUCCCCGACCUCGACCUUUCAAAACCGCUCCCUAUCAUAAUCCGGGCCACGAACGGCAAAUCCAAAGCAAACCGAGAGAAGAAAAUCAAGUUAUCAACAGUAGUGGAGGCCGAUGCAUUAGAGGGCUUUUUUUUCAAGUAUGCGGAGGUUUGCAAGGGAGGGAUGUCUGCGCUGAAGAAGCGUGAUCGAAGCAAGGCGAAGGAAAAACUCAAGGCGAAGAAGAAGAAACUAGGCGGGGCUACGGGGAUAGUGGCUGCUGAGGGGAAGAAAUCAUAG